AUCCCAUUCAUUGUUAAACGGAAAGUUUGCGCGAAAUCGCGUGGUAAUCUCGAUGAGGAAUCUCUGUGACGAACGAAACGCGAGCACUUCCUCGCGGUAGCAUUCGGAGACGUCUACCUACACGCUGCAACUCACCUAUUUAUAAAGUGCGACCUCGUGGCAUACACCGCGUUCGCCACUACCGCCUACCUAUCAUGGUCGUCCCGCGUGCAAAUCAGCGCGCUGUCUAGCCCGCUUCUUCCUAAUUUCCGAACGUACGAAAAAGAGGUCAGAGCUAUUUUAGCGCGAAACGGCCCUCAAAGUGCCGACGACGAUGUCUCGUUAGAAAGAACAGUAUACCAUGUGUGUGCACUACCGUCUCUACUUCACUCUUCCGCUUCUGUUAUUCUUGAUAACAAGCAAGUCUUUCAAUCUGGGAACAAUCUAGAAUAAAUCUGGGAACGUCGCGAAGAAGAAGGCGUCCAGUCGGUGCAGUGUGCUGAAAUGUCGGAUAUAGAAGAUUCGCAGGACGCUUCAGAGCAGGAUGAUACACAAGAUGAAACCACGGAAACAACGGAAGUCAACCAUGAGGUAGCAAGCAAGAUAGAGGAAUCGGAUAACUCAGAGUUAUCAGAAAAAUCAUUUACGAAGGAAACAGAGGCGGAACGAGAGGAAGUUAACGACAAGGAACAAGAGGAAGUUAAGGAGAAGGAACGAGAAGAAAUAAAGGAACAAGAAGGAGAAAAAAUUAAAGAAACAGGAGCAAGAGAGACGCCAAGUUGCGAAGAGACGCAAAAAGAAGAAACGUCGGCCUCAGCAGAGCUGGCGACCGUCACGAGAAGCGCGUCGUCGGACGACGGCGUGCCGGUGUCGGGGGUAGUCGCGAGACAGGCGGAACCGGGUAUAGGGGUACCAUUGGCAACCACCGUCGACGGCGGAGUCGGACAGCAGCAUCGCACCAGCGGUGGUACUAGCUCGGCAGUCGGUGAGUGGAAUUCAUUGCCGGUACUGGUAGAACGUCUACGCGAGGCACUCGAGUUGUCCCUGGCAGCGGAUUGCCGGCGAGGCAUCGACGGGGUCGACGACCGAUCCUGCGCGCGCCGUUCUAUGGAACAGGUGCUUUUUGGCAGCGACGACGACGUAUCCGUCUCAAAGAAGGACGAGCUCAAGUUUCUGGAAGAUUUGCUGCUGUCGGAUAUCCAGACCGCGCUCUCCCGUUUGCGCGAGACGCUCGAACGCACGGACGUCGCGACGCUCACGAAGCACGGCGGGGUAUCGGAUCCCACUAGUAAGCUACAUCUCUUGCGACUGGUAUCGAGUUUACUGUCGCGGCUACAGGUGCCGGUGGAAGAGAAGGAAUCGAGUAGCAGCGUGGGCGACAGGACGAUCGACAUCGUGGCACAGAACGGCGGUGCGUUGCCCGGACGAAGACGGCGGCCUGUUAGACACACCAUCGGCGUUUCCACCGAAGAGAUCGCACGCGCGAGGAGACAGCUGGAGGAGAGCAGCGCGGACCUAGCGAGAUUGAAUGACCAGGUAUUCCAAAUCGAACGACCUAAACCAUUGCUGUCUACGUCGCGUAACGUGACGAGCGGCGAAAGACCACACGUGGAGGAGAUCCACGACAAAUACACGAAGGACGUGAUUAAUCAACGUCAGUCGUUGCGUGACAGAAAUAAAGAUACGAGUGAAUAUCGGCCAUUGAUUCCGCCACCGGUUGGUUACGUGGAUCGGCCAGCAGUCGCACUUAGAACGACAGAUGAGUCGAAUACGCGGCAGAUUCAACAUCGGGACAGCGUCAACGGUUACCAGGAGAAAGUGAGCGACGACGAGGAAACCGCGAUUAAGAGAGCGAGCGAGGAGCGGAGUCAGGUGACGAAACUUGCAGCGGCACUUCGGCAACGCGCAGAACUGAUCAGCGCCAGUAAAUGCAAUAACGGCAGCAACAAGUUUGCAGCGAAAAAGUCGAAAAUCAAGCGCGCCAAUACCAUCGACAUACCGAGCUACCUGAAGUUACAGGCCGACAGUCUUGGUUACGACAAUUCUGGUUGCGUAGUGCUGCGACGUCCCAUCAACGUGGGCGAUAAGAUUACUACGAACGCGUCAAAUCUUGGCGUGCCAUCGUUCCACCCGAGAACGGAGAAUGAUAAGAAGUUUCUGGCGUUGAUCAACCGGAACAACGAGACGCAGACAACGUACAACGCUGCACCUGCCUUUGUUAAAUCCUUCGGCUAUACCAAGGCGACAGACAUGUCGGCGAAAGAGAACUGGAACAGCCGAUUUUCGAAUAUCAAGACUGCUUUCGAUAAGCCUUCGUCUACGAACGAUAUCGACAAGUUGUCACCAAGACUGCAAAAUACCAUAAAACGCUUCCCAAAUACUCCUCAAACGUCUCCUCAGAUUCCGGUGAACAAGAAGAUGCCGACUAGUGGCAGCACGACAAACAACAGCUUACCGUUUGCAAACGUGAACGUGCCGCAACUGGACGCGGGCUUCAGACACGCGCCUUCAUCGCUGUUUCGGAAAAUCGAGAAGCCGUGUACACCAAAGUCUCCGCUUGGUCAUCACUGGCAAAGGGACAACGCACUACCGCCCGGAAACUCCUUGCGCGAGAAAGCCAAGAUAUUCGAUCGAAACGGUAAUCAAUCUCAUCCGCCGUCGUUAAACGUGAACGAGAAUACCCAGAAAUCCGCUUUUCCUCGACCACCAUGGAUCGAGCACGACAAAAAUGAGAACAAAUCGAAUAAGAUGGUCACCGAGAACGGACGGCUCGAUUAUCGAUUAUUCUGCAAGCAGUUUGCACCUUUUAUCGGCAAGAACACCGCCCCGGAAGCUAAAGGCAUCGAGGAUUCUCGCAGACGCAACGAACACUCGAACGCACAUCGCAAGAAUUUGGCGCCAUUGAACGAGAAGCUCGGCGUGGUGGAUGGGAAAAUUUCCUUCAGAAUGUUCCCCGAGAAAGGACCGCAGGUCCAAUGUCGCCCAAACGAAUCACAUCGCACGAUUGAGGAAUCGGUUCGAGACAAAUUUGAUUUUCAUAACGAAAAAAAUGUCUUUGAACCACUAGCCACAGUGCGCAAUGAUAAGGACUCAGUCGGAACCACAUUCGCGGGCAACGCACCGAUUGAUGCGAUGUUCAGAGGUAGCUCGUCUGUGGCCAUACAGACUGGUAUCGAUGAUGAUGAUCAUCUUGAGGAGGCACGAGUGUUUCGAGUGACUCCUAAGGUCGCGAAAGGACCACCGUCUGCGUACAGUAAUGCGUCUGUUCAAACUCACAACGAACCGGAAGUGGAAAUCAAAGAACACUGGACGACUCCUCAAUAUAACGACGUUGUUCCAACAUCAGACUUGAGUUAUCAUCCUACUGAGGAUUCGAGUCACUUUGUUUUGGAUCAUAAUCGAAAUUAUACCGCAACAACUGACACCUCUUCGAGAAACGAAACUCUGCCCUUAACAAACAAGAAUAGCGAUUUUAUCAAGAAAGACAUCAUUUGCGUGCCAUAUUCGAUGGAGAAGGUUCCUUUUUCAACGAUUUCCGAUCAUCAAUCGUCAGAACAGAACGAACUAGUCUUUCGAGCGAGUCCGCGAUGUGAAAAUUAUUUCUCGCCUAAACCGACGAUUAGAGAUAAUCAAUCGCCAAUGUAUUCGACUUAUAUCCCAUACGUUAAGUCUAAUAAAGAUCCGUUCGAGGAUCAGACGCCAAGUGUGUCGCAUGAGAUCAACAAGGAAGAUUUCCUGUGUACGAGUGACGGCGCUUUGCCAGAGGAACAGAAUAUUCAAAAUCAGGAUAUCAGUGCGGACACUGGCGUCGUUACACGGUAUACCUGUGCGAUCGCGACUGUUGAAUCUGAGGAUAUUCCAGCGACACGCGUCGACGGAACUAGACCGGAAUCUGGAAUGUCACCAUCUGGAAUAUCCUCCUCCUCAUCACCCUCACAGCUCUGGCCGUAUCCCAAAUCAACCAAUAGCGAGACCGCUACGGCCGAAGACGAAAUACGUCGACACAACUUGCUACAACAGAGCUUGGUCCGACAAUUGCAAAACGAGCGAGUGAUACUGAACGAUUAUCAUGCACCUGUCAUCAAUCAGUCUAGAAAUUUUAAUCAGCCUAGUUUUCAUCAAUCUAACAGUUUUAACCAAUCUCUGAGAUUCCAACCGGUUGAAGUACCGAAAAGCCCGGAACCACCAAAAAGACCGGAACUGCCGAAAAAACCGGAACCACCGAAAAGAUCAGAACUAUCGAGGAAGUUGGAACCUUCGAGAAAGUUGGAACCUUUGAGAAAGUUGGAACCGUCGAGGAAGUUGGAACCGUCGAGAAAAUUGGAACCACCAAGGAAAUUGGAGACAUCAAGAAGGUUGGAGCCUCCAGCGAUUGUCACUGGUUUGCUAUCAGUAGCACCAUCCCCUGGAUUCAGCGCGAAGAAUCGGAUUACCGCUCUCAGAGAACAAUAUGAGCAACCGGGCAGUCAAUCGAAAUCCAUGCAAAAGGAACGUUCGCCAAUCCCGAACGGCACGAGCGGCGCGAUGGAUUCCAGCGACGAGUAUCUUGUGUCUUGCACCAACAGACCGUCCAGAUCCAUCGUCCUGUCGAAGUCUGAAUCAUGGCAUCAGCUGGCACUCUCGAAGAGCCAUCACGCUUCAUCGCGUCCAGUACAGAGCAACUUACCGCCGCAAUCUCUCGCUGGCACCGGGUCUUAUCGUCCCAAACCACCCAAGCCAAAGUCACCAUCGUCCUUUAAGAUGAAAAAACAAUACGAGGCAUCCUCGUCCUUGGACAGCGUAAAAAAGAUGGAGGAUAAAAUACGCAGGUAUUUCGAUAAUCCAGCAAACGAUGGUGCCACGGAGACGAAGGAUUCCAAGGGUAGACGUUUUUCGUCGCGCGACUCGGUAAAAAAAGGUCUUGUUGGUCUAUCCAGAAGUCGCACUAUGCCAGGAAUAUACGAAGAAAACUUACGUCUGACCAUCCCGGCAGUGCCACAGAUUUCUGUGGCGAGCCUCAAUACUGCUGACGUGGACAAAGUGUUUGAUGACAUCUUCGAAGAGGCCACCAGGACUGAUGACCACUUCUGAUCGAUUGAUCCUCAUCGUCGUAAGAUGUCGGCGUAAUGUUCACUUGGGAGACUUGGUGACGGUAAAAGUGAUGUCCGUUCGGGAUUUUUGCGAGUAAUUUUUCGAGAACCGACAAUAUUUCGUGCUGUGUUGAACACCGUGAUAAGAAUAACGAUUCUACGAUCAUCAUUAAUCUCAUUACAAAUAUGCAACAUAAUUGAUUAAUAACAUGGAUCGUUAAAUUGUGA